CUCCUUUUAGGCCAAGAACUCAUCUCUUCUCAGGAUUGUGAAGAGUUCAAAAGAAAACCAAUCAUACACCUCAGUUCAGGAAUGGGAGAAACUGGUGAUUCAGGGAAAGAUGACCAUACGACUAAGAAUGAGAAAGACGAGAAACACGAAAAGGAAGAGAAGUCGAAGCAUAAGGACGAGGGCGAGAAAGGCGAAAAGAGUGAAGAGAAGUCCAAAGACAAGAAGAAGAAAGAUAAGGAGAAGAAGAGCAAGAAUCCUGAAGAUAAGAAGGAUCCGGCGAAACUGAAGCUCAAGCUUGAGAAACUUGAUGCCAAAAUGCAGGAUUUAGCUAUUAAGAAAGAAGAGAUUAUGAAGCUAAUCAAUGAAGCUGAGAAAACUGCAGCCAAUCCUAGUGAAGGGUCCGCAGCCCCUCCUGCAUCUGCUUGAAGUUAGAACAAGAUCCUGACCUCAAGAAUUGAGGGAUGUGAGAAGUUAGAUGUUUGCUGUUAAUUGUAGCAGCAUUUGGAAUCAUUAGUCUUUGAAUUUGUAAAGAUAAAAUUAGGUAGUAAGUUGAUAUUUUGUACAUCAAAAAUAAUGUUUUCUCCUUGUCCCUGAGAGUACUAAGAUUAUUACUCUUGUAACGCGUUGGUUUACAAAUUUUUGUAACCAUGUAAAGAAAAUUUUAACGUUUUUAGUUGACUUGAUCUGCAUAUAAAUCCAUCUGGAAAGGUUCAUAGUUCAAAAUUCUCAACCAUGAAUUAAAGAAAAUUGUA